AUGAAACGUGUGCACCCAAGUGGUGCAAGUAAAAGAAAAAAGAAGGAGAGGAAAUCUUUCGAAAUAAAACAAAGUUCAAAAAGUUUGAAUUUAUGGUUAGCUGGUUCCAGUUCCAAUCCUGCAAACAAUGAAAAAUCGCAAGCAGGAAACGAAGAUCAAAUUAAGCCUCCUUCAAUCCAAGCAGAGGCUACUGUAACUACUUCGUCUGGUGGGAGUGAAAAUAAGAGGGAAGAAACUACUACUAGCAAUCAAAAAUUCCUAGACCUAAAUCUAGAUCACCCCAAAACGUCAUUGACGCAUUUCGACAGGAAUUCGUCGAUAAGCUCUGACUCUGAUUCAGAAAUCAGCGAUGAAGAAUCUCAACAAGACACGCUUGAUGCUUCUAAGCAAAACCUUGGUUGUUUCAUAUGUCCAAAUGAAAGUGAUCACAUUGGAAUAAAAAAAGCUUUUAUGGAAAAACAUCCAAUCCAAGUUCAUGAGGGAAAAGGAGCUAAACUUCCGUUUGAUCCAUCCAAACUCUACUAUCGUCUUUUGCCAAAUGGGGAAAAAAUACACAGAAAAUGGUUAUUUUAUUCCAUUGAGCUCAACAAAGUAUAUUGUUCUUGUUGUAUGGCUUUCGGAGGCAAAGAUAACAGAGAUUCCACAUUUAUUACUGGACACGAUGUUACACCAAAACACAUUUAUAAAUCGGUAGAAACUCAUGAAAACUCCCAUUAUCAUGAACUUGCGGCCAAGGCAGCUUUUCAAUGCCUAAAAGGUCGUGAUAUUGAGAGUCUUCUAGCGGGGAACCAAUCUAAACAACGAGAAAGAGAAGUUCACACAAGAAGAUUAGUUGUUCAACGUUUGAUUGACAUAUUUUUAUUUCUGGGUAGACAAGGCAUUGCUACAGAGGGGACAAAGCAGAAGGGGCCUACUCACUUGACUCUGUAG